ACAUUCUGCAGCUGAGAGACCAUGGUGGGCCGGAACAGCGCCAUCGCCGCCGGCGUAUGCGGGGCCCUUUUCAUCGGGUAUUGCAUUUACUUCGACCGCAAGAGACGGAGUGACCCCAACUUCAAGAACAGGUUGCGAGAACGAAGAAAGAAACAAAAGCUUGCCAAAGAGAGAGCUGGGCUUUCCAAGUUACCUGACCUUAAAGAUGCAGAAGCUGUCCAGAAGUUCUUCCUUGAAGAAAUACAGCUUGGUGAAGAGUUACUAGCUCAAGGUGAAUAUGAGAAGGGUGUGGACCAUCUGACAAAUGCAAUUGCUGUAUGUGGACAGCCACAGCAAUUGCUGCAAGUAUUGCAGCAAACUCUUCCACCGCCAGUGUUCCAGAUGCUGCUCACUAAACUCCCAACAAUUAGAGAAUUGUAAGUGCUCAGAGCUUGGCUGAAGAUGAUGUGGAAUGAAGAAUUUCAACAUAAUAAAAUCUCACUUCAAAAUAUUUUUAAAAUUCUUAACUUGGAAGCUGAGCAGCUCUUGGGGAAAAAGGGCAAAUAAGCUUGUUGUGGACUGUCCUACACUGAAAUCUACCAAAGUUCAUGUUUGCUUUGCGUAGAUCCAUUUGUCUGUUUUAUUUAUUUUCCCAGUGAAAAGUGUAUUUUGUAGAGAGCUUUUCAUUUUAUAAAUACACUAUGAGUUACCAAAAAAAAAAAAA